AUCGCGUGGGGACCGCGAUCGGUCCCCGGGCCGAUAUUCAGGUUGUACGCGGGGAAGUGAGUGCGGAACCUUUCUCCUCCGCCUCGCUGUAGCUCCCAGCCGGGCCCAGUUGUCUCCGGACACAGGAGUGGAGGCUUUAUUAUAAAUAUGGAGCCUGCGGGCCCCGAGGCUGGGGAACGUUCCUCCGGGUUGGAGGCUCCGGGAUCCGCCGACGACCGGCUUUUCCUGGUUAAAGGUGGACUUUUCCUAGGUACUGUUGCUGCUGCAGGAAUGCUAGCUGGAUUCGUUACAACAUUAUCAUUGGCUAAAAAGAGAAGCCCUGAAUGGUUCAAUAAGGGGAGCCUGGCCACCGCUGCUCUCCCGGAGAGUGGGUCGUCCCUGGCCCUGCGAGCCCUGGGCUGGGGCUCCCUGUACGCGUGGUGUGGGGUUGGCGUGAUCAGCUUCGCCGUCUGGAAGGCUUUAGGAGUUCACAGUGUGAAAGACUUUCGAAGUAAAAUGCAAUCCAUAUUUCCAGCAAUUCCCAAGAACUCCAAAUCUGCGGUCGAGUGGGAGGAAGCCCUGAAAUCCAAGUGAGACGAGCAUGGUGGAUGAACCCCAAGACGACCGAGUGCAGGAAGGACCCCCGUGGUGAAGGGACUCGGUGACCUCUCCUCGGGAAGACACGCGGGUUAUCGUCUGAGCCCACGGGAUGGACGGUGCUCAGUGUGUUCAGCGUCUUUCACGUUCUGUGCUCACACGUGAGUGUGUGUGUGUGUGUGUGUGGUGCUGGGGGGAGGACGAAGUUUUCCCAAAGUUCAGAAGACUGUAAAAAUAGCGACACAGACAACUUCUCAAUGUGGAGGAGGUCCCCGGGGAAUCACUUCUGUGUGUGACGGCAGCAGUCGAAACUGAGUUUUGUCCCUGAUGGAAAAAUCUCUGUAACAGGCUCCUCCCAGCAGCAGUGCCUCCAUGUGUCUAAUUAAAUGAGUGUCAGCA